AUGCUGCGGCGCGACUCUCAUCGUCUCGAUCGUCGCAAAUCAACAUCAUCAGUCCACAGCACAUCAGAAUCCAUCAAUCUCGAAACUGCCCGACAUCACGCCCAUACAGCAGCCAUGUUAGCCUUCCUCCGAGCUCAACAAAGAAGCAGCGCCGAUUCUAGCCAUAAUGGAGAUGCUCAUUCGAGAAGCAACAAUAGCAACCAUGUCUCCUCGAAUAGACAAUCCCUACCUCCGCAGACCACAACCCAGGAUGGAAACCGGGUGGUCCGGCGUCAACAGAGCGUUCGUUUUGUUGGUCCUAAUGGACUGGAAAGACGGGAGUCUCUCACGAGAGCAACGCAGACCACAAUCCAGCCACAAUUAAGCUCUGCAACACUCAGACCCAUGGCAAUGACGACAAACGCACCAGUACCUGCAGCCUACCGUCCUCCAAGCCGCUCAUCCUCUAUUGGCAAAGCCUCAAGUCACAAGGUUGCGGAGGGUUUGAUGGCAGCGAACGCUUUCAAAGAAUAUUACACGCAAGAAGAUGAUGUCGCUUCUACACCUUCUUCGUAUCGUCGUCUCCGACGCUCCAAAUCCAUGUUCAGUCCUCUGAAGGCUCCAAGUAUUUUCUAUACGAAUGGAAGCCCGAAAAGGCUCGAGAGCAUCUCUAAUGCAGGGCAUAUGAGAUCCUAUUCUCACACUCCGACAAGUCAGCCGACGCAUCCUGCAUUACGAGCCCCGAAGUCGAUGGUUGUCCUCAACAAUCGUGGACAUUCAGGAACCGAUGAAAAAGGACGAGACCGCGAAGAGAUUCAGCAAGCUCGUGACAGAUUCUUCCACGAGAAACACAGACAACGGCUUCGAGAACAGCCUUCUUUUCUCUUUCGCUCCAAAGCACAAAGACAACAGCCAUUUCGAAAGUCUGUGCGAAGCAGCAGUACCAACAGCUAUGGCAUGCCGACUGAUCUCCUGAGUCCCGCAGGACAAACCAAAUCAUCGGGCUUGAAGGCUGCGGCACGAAAAGCAUCCAAGAACAUCAAGAAUAAGCUCAGACGAGUCUUUGGACGCAGCAAGGAUGAACCAGUUAUCAUUCCCCACCAACAGGUUGAGGCGCGUGAGACUCAUGUCCGCCACUACAAUGGAGACUUAACCCCAGGGCAAGAGCAGUUUGAGGGCUUCUCCAACAUCCCUCACCCCGACGAGUCAGCGCUAUCGCGGGUUGCGUCUCGAGUCCCUUCAAUCCACACUGCCACCUCGAAUCAGCAACUGCGGUCCCAUGCUGGCAGUGUUAAGAGCUUCAAGAGUGAUCUCAGCGAUGACAAGUCCCGAGUCACUGUCUUAAACACUGGCGCCAAUGCUCCAAGACCUAUCGAACGGGAGCGUGAUCAUCAACGACUCUCAAUCAUCAACGAAGUUGGCACUCAUCAUCCUUCGUCUUCAUAUUAUCGGAAGCACAAGCAUACCAAUCAGAUAUCUCCGUACCCGAGAAUCGAGGACUCUCGAAUCCCCCAGCCCUCGCCGGACAUUCGAAUGGCACGUAGUACUUCAGGUACGCCAGCUACUAUACGGCAGGUGCCGGCCAGUACGGGCAGUGAUCGAAGUAGUUCCAAUCAAUGGAGCGUACCAGAAUCCACCAUCCAGUCACGGACUUCCAGCGACGAUGUCUUUUCUCCAGCUGGACAGAGUGGGGGGCCCAAAUUGUCCCUUCGAAGAUCGUACUAUGAGAAUACGGAAUCAUACUUGAGCCUUCCUACACCACAAGGCAUGAGUCCACAGAAGAUGGCAGAUCGGAAUGAGCGAUUGAUGCCCGAAACCAAGGUUAUUCGAGAAGCAAGGACGACAUUUUUUGGAGGGUCGACAUACACAAUCUCAAGGAAGACCAGUCCCUUCCGUCGAGCUAUGGCAGAAGUAAGCCAGAAUUCGAACGAUCUUCAAUCCUCCGGACAAUCAGAGAAAGCAUAUAGCGAGAGUGUUUACUCGCGGACAACAAGUGGUCAGACUCCAGCUGCGGCUAAUAGUUCCACUUCGCUUCCGAUGUUGACGACAAACGUUCCAAUGAUGGUUCCCACGGCUCCAGGGGAUGUGGUCAUAAUUGACCAAACUGUAUACCGACCUUCUGGGCCACACAAUGUCGGUCACAGUGUCACGAGCUCUGGAAGUUCCCAAGAAUGGAAGAAAUGGAUGUCCUCGGAAGUCGGUAAAUUUGAACGGACAAAGGAGAACAACGUCACGCCGACGUACAUUAAUUACACUCUUCCGACAAUGCCGAGGACGUACAAUACAGGCCAUGUUCGGGAGAAUGCCCAAAUAAAUGACGAUGAUUCGCCUAUCGUUUACCAGCCGUUAGGUUCAAUCUCCCAGCCCUCCCCGAACAUUCAAAUUCUGCCAUUAAAACCUAUCCUAAAGAAGCCAAUCCCCGCGGCGCCGCCCCUCCCGCCUCCAAUUCCGCCCCGGUCUCCGCUCCGAAAAAAGCUCUCAAAAGCUUCCUUAAAGUCCCAGAACUCGUCGGACAAUGGACGAGCUCGAAGUGCUCCAAAUUCGGCUGCUUCCAAAAAAUUGCAUAAGAGGAGAUUGUCUGGCGGCCCUGGGGACAUUCAAAAUAGCCAGAAACUGGUCGAGAACUUUUUGAAUUCUCGAAGGAAGAGAAUUGCUAGUGAAUCAGAUGACGUGGCUGGUGCCUUCCUGUAG